CCAGCAGGAACAGGCGCUCAGGAGACACACUCACUAUGCUGGAGAGUGUUUGAAGCCGCGAUGGGAGUUAACACAUCCGAGUUUCUAGAGUUCCUGUUACCAGCGACGUUGCACUAAACAAAGACUUUGUUUUGGGGUUGUUUUUUUUCCCUCUGAGGGGGCUUGUCUGCAUUUUUGUCCGAGGCGUUUCUCUCACAGGAUGUUGAUGAUACUGGAAAGCCGGGUAAGAUCAUAAAGUCAGUUCUCUCUGAUGAGAACGACCGCCUCCUCCUCACCACCACCACCACACAAAGGGAACCACGGAACAAGUACUUUGUUUUUUCACACGCCAUCAUUUUUUAUUUUUGAAUGUCAUAAAGAAUCAGAGGGGGCUCUUUGAUAGACAAAAUGGAUCACUUUGCAGCAGAGUGCCUUGUUUCAAUGUCCAGUCGUGCAAUUGUUCACGCUCCUAAAGGGAAUAGGGAGAUAAAACCAGAAAUCCCAUCUUCCUCCAAGAACGGAGAGGAAAUGAAAGAGCCUUUGGUGAAAGAUAACUCCUCUCUUUAUGUGGUGGCGCGGAUCCUGGCGGAUUUUAACCAGCAGACUCCCAACAAUGUUGCCGAGCAGGCAAAAAUAAAGGAUGAGAGCAUGCCGAACCUCAUAGAUGAUGGAAACUCUGCCACACCUACCACCAUCUCCGAUCCUUCGCUCAAACAAAGAGGCAAAAGAUCGAGAGGUCGGACUGAGCAAGAAUCACCUCAGAAAAAGCACAAAUGCCACUAUUCAGGUUGUGAAAAAGUUUAUGGCAAAUCAUCCCACCUCAAAGCCCAUCUAAGGACACAUACAGGAGAACGGCCUUUCCCAUGUACCUGGCCUGACUGCAGUAAGAAGUUUGCUCGCUCUGAUGAGCUGGCCCGCCACUACCGCACCCACACGGGGGAAAAGAAGUUCGGCUGCCCGCUUUGCGACAAGCGCUUCAUGCGCAGCGACCACCUGAUGAAGCACGCACGGCGCCACUCAGAUUUCCAACCAGGCAUGCUGAAGAGGCCCCACGGCGGCAGCAGCGGUAGCACCACACGUCCCAGCUCCCUCAGCGACUACAGCCGCUCGGAUGCCUCCAGCCCCACCCUCAGCCCCGCCCUCAGCCCUGCCAACUCGCCUUAAACUGAAACCCAGUCGCACUUUCCGCCUCCAACCUGCGAGGCCUGUUUUUUUUUUUUUUUUUUUUUUUUUUUUUUUUGUCAUAACACUUGUGUUGCACAGUUGUCAGCAACCCUCCCUUCCCCCCUCCCCCCUUUGCUAUUCCUGCGCUUGCUGUGGUGUACCAUACUGUACAUAACUGCUUAUUGUAGUGCAAUUACUUGUGUGAUCCUAAAAGAAGGUAAUGCCUUUCCCAGAUGGCAAUAUUGACAUUCUGUACCAUAUGUCUGUAUUUUUUUAGCUUCUGAUCAUUGCUAGUUGUCCAAUGUAUGUUCACAGUCAGCUAAACAAGGUUAAGAAGAAGAAAAAAACAGACACCCUGACAAGUCUUAUCAAAAUGUUUUGGGUUUUUUUUUUUUUUUUUUUCUUUGUUUUGUUUUUUUUUUUUUUUUGAACGGGUGAGGAGAAGGGGUACACACACACACCUCAGGAUUGAAGACAGUUGCUAUUUCUGUAAUACCACAGUACUUAACAGUACUUACAUUGACUGCACAAUAUACUCAUCACUUUACUCUGAAAUUCAACAAGGGUUGAAUUUUACGCCCUGCUCAGGGAUGGCCUUGUUAGCUUGAAAGAAUGAAUACAAGAAGUGAACAAGAGAAACAUACAGUACAUAUAUAUCAGCCUUACACUCAACACAAUUUGCACUCUUUGUUUUUGUUGGUUUUCACG